UCCGCUACAGCACUGCCAAUGUAAAACAUGGGAGACUGGAACUUCCUUGGUGGGAUCUUGGAGGAGGUGCAUAUCCACUCCACCAUGGUCGGCAAGAUCUGGCUGACCAUCCUGUUCAUAUUCCGGAUGCUGGUGCUGGGCGUCGCGGCGGAAGAUGUGUGGAACGACGAGCAGUCCGACUUCAUCUGCAACACGGACCAGCCGGGCUGCCGCAACGUCUGCUACGACCAGGCCUUCCCCAUCUCCCUCAUCCGCUACUGGGUGCUCCAGGUCAUCUUCGUGUCCUCGCCCUCCCUGGUGUACAUGGGCCACGCCAUCUACCAGCUGCGGGCCCUGGAGAAGGAGCGCCACUGCAAGAAGGUGGCUCUCCGUCGGGAGCUGGAGGCGGUGGAUGCGGAGCUGGUGGAGUUGCGGCGGAGGAUCGAGAAGGAGAUGAAGCAGCUGGAGCAGGGGAAGCUCAACAAGGCUCCGCUGAGGGGCUCCCUGCUGUGCACUUAUCUGGUCCACAUUGUCACGCGCUCGGUGGUGGAGGUCAGCUUCAUGGUGUGUCAGUACAUCCUCUACGGACACCGGCUGAACCCCCUCUACAAGUGCGAGCGGGAGCCGUGCCCCAACGUGGUUGACUGCUUCGUCUCCAGGCCCACGGAGAAGACGGUGUUCAUGGUGUUCAUGCAAGGGAUCGCCUGCAUCUCGCUCUUUCUCAGCCUCCUGGAGAUCAUGCACCUGGGAUUCAAGAAGCUCAAGAGGGGCAUCCUGGACUACUACCCGCACCUGAAGGCCGACCUGGACGAGUAUUACGUCGACAAGUCCAAGAAGAACUCGGUGGUGCAUCAGGUUUGCGUGGGCACGUCCGUGGGUCGCAAGACCACCAUCCCCACGGCGCCGUGUGGAUACACAUUGCUGUUGGAGAAGCAGGGCAACGGGCCCACCUACCCUCUCCUCAACGCCUCCUCUGCAUUCGUCCCGAUAAAAGGGGACCCUGGCGCAAAGCCGGACGGCCACAAGGACGUCAAGGAGGGAGUGCCGAGCCCCACGGAGCAGAACAGCAACCCCAACAACACGAGCAGUGAGACGCGUUCCCCUCCCGCGGACAAGCAGGAGGAGCCGGAGGAGCAGUGUUCGCCCCGUCGAGAGCGCAUGGAGUGCUCCAGCUCCGAGUACCCCACCCUCCCCGUGGCGGACGCCUCAUCGUGUGCCACGAUGUCGGGCGUUGUGAGGAAGUCGCGGAGGGUCAGUCCACCGUGGAACUGCUCAACACUGGUGGAAGGGAACGGCUCGGACAGCGGAGACUCCUACCCCGGGAACAACAGCGUGAAGCUGCGCAGCGGCUGCAUCGGACCCCGAGCGAGGAUGCUCUCCAAGUCAGACAUUAAGAGGCCGAGCAGGUCUCAAAGCCCGGACUCGGCGGGGGAGCUGAGCUCGGUGUCCCGACACAGCCGGGAGAGCAACAGCCCUGGCGCCUCCUCUCCGAACCGCCGGGUGUCGGCGGCGAGCAGCGGCAGCAGCAGAAGGGCCCCAACUGAUCUGCAGAUAUAA